CGGCUCACCAGUCGUUCACGGUUCGCGCGAGAAGGCGCGGUGGCUUUGGGGGUUAGCGGAAGCCAGCUAGACAGCCUUUGGGACCGGCAGAAGUAGCCAGCUGCCUUGCCGCAGGAAUUUGCUGCUGUGCAAGAAGAUGGUGACAUGGAAGAGGACGUUGGGCCCAGCGAUUGGCAGGAGUCGGGCCAGUCGCGCUGGCUCUGGCUGAGGUCUCACGGCUGUACCAUUGGUUGGUGCUGCUGGGCUUAAUGCUGGCUGCGGGACUGGACUUCAGCCGCUACACCAGCGACGUCACCCAUGAGGACUUUGAUUCUCGGGGAUUGCCACCCUUGACUACAGACCUGGCUCUUAUGAUCAGCGCAUGCAUGGUCUUGAGCAGUUGGGGCGGUUUUUGGUCCUACAAGGUGCGACUUUUUGUUCUCAAGACUUGGCGGAUUGCUGCGAGAUGAUUCACCUGGAUCGUGCGUGGACAAUUUGGAGCUGCACCGAUGCGCUGUUGACGCUUCUACUCUGGCUCAGCUUGUUGGCAGGUCGUGUAGUGGUUUCCCACCUGAGCCUGGAGGAAUCGGGGGAGCUGCAGGCUGCAGGCUGCAGGCCUUUCGCGGUGAGUACCGGUAUCUUGGCGGUGGCCAGCUUCUGGCAGGUGCGCACCUCGCACGCCAUGACGUUGAUCAUCAACGAGUGGAGCGGCAACCUGCUGCGGGGUCAAAGCAGCGCCUGGCACCUGAAGGGGGCCUGGCGGUUGAUCUCUGGGCUCUUCCGCAAGACCUCAAGGACCUUCCAAUCCUGCUAUGCGGCUCUAUGUGCCACCAUCGUUCUGGUGGCCUUCACAGCCAUCAACGAUGCGCGGCGCGAGCUGGUGCUCUUUAGCCUGCCCAAUUUGGCAACAGGAAUCCGAUUUGAUGGAGCUCACCCUGUUUUUGUCCUUCAGCGAAUGUGGUUUCUUCGUGUGGGACACCAGCGUCACGGUGGGAUUGGUGCAGAAAUUCCUCUACUUUACCCUGAUGCAUCGCCUCAGAUCUGGUGGCACCGCGUUCUCGCCAGGAUCAUUAUCAUCAUUAUCAUUCUCGGAUCCCGGAUAGGAACCGUUUUUCCUAUUUCUGGUUUCUCAUUUCUCAUUUCUCAUCAUCAUCAUCAUCAUCAUCAUCAUCAUCAUCAUCAUCCUCGUGGUCGUGGUCGUCCUGAAAUGGUCAAACCUCAGAAUUGCCCAAAAAUGCUCAGAUGUUUUUUUUCCUUUUUUUUUCCGAGUUGUGGCAAGCAGAGAUACGUGUCAGGCCGUGGCGGGAACCAUGGGCUUUCAAUCCGGGGCAUUCAGACUGAAUUGAGCGCGAAAAAUCGACCAGCGGUCCAUCAUAAGACGUUGGUCUGAAAAUGGGGGCCCAAACA